AUGAUCUCAAAGUUCCAGAAUCUUGGGUCUUCCCUACCAUUCCUCCAGAUCCGCAAUGAUCUGGAUCAAGCUCUUCAUUUUCUUUCUCCUCGCCUUCCACGUUGUUCUCUCCGAGAGAAGAUGUGCCCACUCUCCCAGCGAUCUCUGAUGCAAGACUCCGAAGCUGGACAGUCCAUGGGAUGGGUUGAAGAAUGGAAAAUCACCGACUGCGCUCGCGGCGUGAUAAGGUUUAUCCCGUGUAAAAGCGCAUGCAUCAAUGUUCGUCUCUUCAAGAUCGGCGCUGCGGAAAACACAUUGGAAGGAGUCAUGCAUGACUGCGCGGACGACAUGAUCCACUCGAGUCCAGAUCUUCCACAGGACAUUGACUUCAAAGAAUAUUCUGAGAAUGCUGAAUUCUCCAACAGGAGAAGAAACUUCAACAUCACCUAUUCCUUCACAAUGGCCAAUGUGGACAAUAAAGAAUUGAUUCAAAACGAGUACUCUUCGUUCAUCAUGCCUUCCUACAAAUCGGAGUACACUUGGAAUUCGAUAAUCAUCCAAAUUGCUUUCCCAGUCAUCGUUGUCAGUCUAUUCGUUGCCCUCUGUUGUUGUGCAAUGUAUAAAGAGUGUGGAAUGUGUCGAAAAUCCCGAAAACCCUUCGAUCCAGAUACCGGCGACGAUCUUCCGGUUGAAGAUUUGGAGAUGGCUCCAGUUGUUCGAUCUGAGCUCGAAUAG